UUUCCCGUAGUUCAGGAAAUUACACAUAUUAUCAUAUACCAUAAUUACACUAUCUUAAUACUGUUUCUCUCAAAUUAAUCUAAAAUAAAUUGGAGAAUCCAGACUGAUUAACAUUUCUACACUUAUUCACUGAGUAACAACUAUUUAUUCCACCAGUUAUUACACAAUAAUUACACUCAUCUAUAAUAAAAACAAAGGCGCAAUAAAUUGUUUCACAUAAAAACAGUGCUAAAUUCUUUAUUUUCGAAGCUCACGUAGCCUAUAUUCGACAGUUUCUCUAUUCAUUUCUUUGUGUACCCCAUUUUGCGCAAACCCGCUUGGCGCGCGCUCCCCUGGCAAAGCAAGCCAGACGCGUGCAAGUAUCUCACGAUUUCGCCUGUUCGCUGUUUCAACCUUUCCUCUAGUUCUCGAGCACGGAGUUCACUGGGUUUACUCUGACACCGCUGACUCCACCGUCACGCCCUCCAACAGCCACGCACCCUCUUUCCGCCAAUAGGCCCACAAUCACGUACUGAUCACGCGCUGCCUGCGCUCUGAUUGGACGGCGUCCGCUACACCUUUGUUUUUGAUUGGUAACAUGUUACCACCAGCCAGUCUAUUCCGAAUUUUGUUUCUGUUUUUUUUCGUAUCUGCUUUUGAUUCACUCAGCUGAGGCCAGUCCGCUGUUGGCAGCGGCAAUACUUGUGUGCUCAGGUCUCAUUGAGUGUUCGCAUUGCUAGUAUCUCUAUUGUUAUUUUUACACGUACUUUCCUAUGCUGACUUUUACACCACCCCUGAUUUCAGAGCAACCUUGUCGGUGGCCUCCCUCCCUCCCUCAGGCUGAUGUAAUGGACAUCAGGGUGAUGAUGAUGGAGAGGAACAGGCACGACAGUGAGCAGUCCUGCUGCAGCACCUUCCAGUACCAUGACCUGGAGGCCGCUGAGGCACUUGUCAGCAUGAGUUCCUGGGGACAAAGGUCAGCAAACGACAAGCCACGCCCCCUGACCCCUACCUCGGACUCCUGUGACUCUCUCCUCCUCCACCCUGAGAUCAUCGAGUCCCCCAAGGACCCGGUUGCACUCUCAUCGCUGUGCAUGACCCCCCCUCACAGCCCCAGCUUUACCGAGACCGCUACCACAACAGCUGUCCUCACCACCUCAUUUGCCAGCUCAGGCCCCAGACCAGUCUUAACCCGGCCUAGACUCUGUGCAGGUCUUCCCUGCGAAAAUGCCCUUCUCCUGGACCAACGACCUGAUACGGUCCCCAUCUUAAAGAGCUCUGGAGCUCCAGAGCUGCCCAGCAGAGCCAUGGUGACCAGCGUCAUCCGGCACACUGCUGACAGAGCCCUCACACAGCACAGCAACAACAUUCCACCUCAGUCCCUCAUAGGGCAGCACACAGACACCAACUCCAACAGAAACCCUACUGCAACCCUUCUGGCUGAGGCCGUUCCUAUGCAGACUGAACCACAGAGCUGCAGCACUGGUCUGUGUGUUAAGGUAGAGAAGGAUCAAGGCAGUCCAUCCUUACCUGACUGCAGCACAGGCCCCUCUACUACUCCUACCCAAAGGUCCCCAUCCCAGGCCACCGCCAUCUCCCAGUCCUCACCACCCAUUCCCAGCUCCCAGGUCCUCUGCCAGGUAUUUCCAGUCAAUGGGCGGACAGGGAUGAUCUCUGCAUUCGUCCAGGCAGGCCCAGUCCAGAUGACCCAGGGGGGGGGCAAGCCCAUACUACCCCAGUCACCCUCCUUCCCCCAGUCGCUGCAGCUUGUGGGCUCCUCUGUGACUCAGGGGACAGUGAUGUUUGUGGUUCCCCAGCCCCCCGUGUCCCAGGCUUCGUCGUGCGCACAGACUGUAAUGACCCUGGGUAACACUAAGCUUCUGCCCUUGGCCCCAGCUCCAGUUUACAUGCCCUCAGGGCAGAGCAGCAAUGCCACACAAGCAGACUUCUCCCGCAGACGGAACUACGUCUGCAACUUCCCCGGCUGUAAAAAGACCUACUUCAAAAGUUCACACCUCAAGGCUCAUCUCAGAACUCACACUGGUGAGAAACCAUUCAGCUGCCACUGGGAGGGCUGCGACAAGAAGUUUGCCCGCUCCGACGAGCUCUCCCGCCACAGGCGAACACACACCGGUGAGAAGAAGUUUGUGUGUAACGUGUGCGAUCGGCGCUUCAUGCGCAGCGACCACUUGACCAAGCAUGCUCGCCGACACAUGACCUCCAAGAGGACCUCCACUUGGCCGGCUGAAGUCCGCGACCUCCACAAGAUGACGGUAUCUAAGGGCCUGUCGAGUGGCUCCAAACUUCCUCUCAGUGUGCUGGUCCCUUCGCCCAAUUAGCUGGGGCUCCCAGGCCGUACGGUCAUCUCAGGACAAUAUCCCACCACCGACCACACAAGACCAAGGAGAAAAUUAAACAAAACCAUAGGCUGCUACACAUUCAUGGACAGAAACAAACUGACCUUGCACUGGAUUUUUUAAUUAUGCUUGUUUUGUACUUCCUUGAUCUCUAUAUGUAAUUAUGUUUACUCAUGUAAUAUGUAUGUAUACAGUAUGUAAUGUUUAGCAAAAUGUAUGCACUCUUUUUGCCAAAGCCUUUGCGUUGUGCUUACAGUAUCUGUUACUAUUGGUCUCUGUGAUUGUAAAUAUGUAUAUAUGAAUAUCUAUAUAUACGAUUGUUAUGUGUAUUCCAAUCUGCAUGUAUUGACAAUACGUCAAUAUAUGUUAUUGAUAUUUUUAAACAUGUCAGUGGACAGUAUUCCUCACUGUGAUACUACCUACUUUCUUGCUUUGCAUAUUAUUUAAUAAACAUUUGUUUUAAAAA